AUGAUGACGUCAUGCCUUUUUCAACUCGAAUCCCAUUGGGCAGAAGAUACCAGCUGGGAAGCACCUCCGGAUUUGAGCCGACUCCACGCACCAGCGCCGCUUUUGGCACCUCGUCUGCUGGCCAUCGCUCCCCUUUCUGGCGUGCGGAGAACAUCUGCGCAGCUGUGGCUCGCUGCGGGACCAUCGUCGUUGCGCGAUUUGCCGCUCGAGUGGUCGAUGGGAAAUUGCUGGGGGUGGCUAUUCGACGAUGGCAAAGGGGCCGCGUCCAAUGUCAAAGAGGUGAACACGGGGAGCGGGACGGGACGCUGGGACUUUGAAUCGGCUGGGAAGAAGAAUGACGCGCCUGGCACAGGGGACGUGCAUGGAAUGAAGCUCAACGGGAAAGCGGAGGAUAUGAUAAGACAGAGAGCCAAAGCGGCCGUCCUUGGCAGCUUUGUGGCUGACGCGGCCACGAUGGGCCUUCACUGGAUAUACAAUGUGUCCCAUCUCCAGGAUCUCCUGAAGAAGAAUCAGGGGGCUGGAAAUGAUUUGCUCCAUCCAGAGUUCUUUGAGCCGCCCUCUUGCCCCUUCUACAAGUAUACCAGCGGUGAGCUGUCUCCAUACGGUUUCGAGGCCAAGACAGUGCUGGAGUCGAUUGCUGAUGUUGGAGGGGUGGACGGCCAAGAAAUGAGCCAACACAUGUAUAAAGCUUUCAAGCAGUAUGCCAGUGGAGGUGGCUACCUGAACUCACCAUCAAGAGAAUUGGUCGCCAAUUGUGAUGCCGGCAGCAAAUAUCCCGAGGCGUCUGCCUUUGACGAUCAGGCCAACAGCAUGGUCAAGGUGGCAUCAGUUGUGGCACGAUAUGCAGGAAUGCCAGAGCUGGUUGAGAAGAUAAAAGAAGCUGUCAAGGCGCAUCAGAACCAUGAACGUGCUGAAGCAUCGGCUGUUGGUAUUGGCCUUGUCCUUGAGAAGAUAAUAGUUGAUGGUGUGAAGGCAAAAUCAGCACUCGAAUGGGCAUUGCAAGGCCAUGGCAAUGUGCCACACCUUGCCAAAAGCUGGAUCAAGAGUGCGGCAAGCAAGGAUGGAACACCAGUCCCGGACGCCAUCGGUAGCAUGGGCCAGAGCUGUCACCUUCCAGGUGCUUUCCAGGGGCCCAUAUACACUGCAUAUUUUGCUCCAGGGUACGUUGAAGCUGUCAGGGAGAACAUUGUUGCCGGUGGGGACAGCUGUUCCAGAGCAGUCGUCACUGGAGCGUUGCUUGGGGCACAGGAUGGCCUGGACGCAGUUCCCGACAGCUGGAAAGCGAAGGUGAAUGACUACGAAGCGCUGGAACAACUUGUGGACAGGGUUAUCGCAAGCAGGCCAGAAGGGAACUAG